AUGUCUGGUGUCUGGGGCUGGUUUGGCGGCGGCGGUGGCGCCAAGAAGAAGAAUGACGCCAAAGAUGCAAUCCUUGGCCUGCGAGUCCAGCUUGAUAUGCUGCAAAAAAGAGAGAAGCACCUGCAGACAUUGAUGGAUGAGCAGGACGCUAUUGCGAGGAAGAACGUCAACACCAACAAAAACGCCGCAAAGGCCGCUUUGCGCCGUAAGAAGGGUCAUGAACACAGCUUGGAGCAGACGAUUUCUCAAAUCACGACACUUGAGUCCCAGAUCAACGCUAUCGAAUCGGCAAAUAUCAACCGCGAGACGUUGUUGGCGAUGGAGAAGGCCGGCCAGGCCAUGAAGGGCAUCCACGGCAAGCUCACGGUCGAAAAGGUGGACCAGACUAUGGAAGAUCUUCGAGAACAGAAUGCGCUCAGCGAAGAGAUUGUCAACGCCAUUACAACGGGCCAGACAGACAAUAUCAUCGACGAGGAUCUGGAAGACGAGUUGGAGCAAAUGCAGCAGGAGCAGUUGGACGAGCAAAUGAUCAGCACCGGCUCGGUGCCCGUAUCGGAUGCUGUCCACCGCAUGCCUGCAGUGGGGAACGGAGAAAUCAAAGGCAAGACGACUGCCGUCGAGGAAGACGACGAGGAAGCAGAGCUCCGGAAGCUGCAGGCCGAGAUGGCCAUGUAA